AAGAUCACUUCCAUUAUCAUCUCCACUCAAUACAAAGAGCCAUUUCUGGAACGUAAAAAAGCUUUAGCCCAAAAGAAAGAAAAGGAGCAAUGCCGGCUGACUCUGAAUCCCCUUGCCAUGUCUUCCUCGUCACGUUCCCUGGCCAAGGUCACAUGAACCCCACCAUCCGCCUUGGCAAAAAGCUCGCUUCCAAAGGCCUUUACAUCACCAUCUCCACCACCCGCGACUUCGGUCUCAGCCUCAAAAACGCCGGCAGCAUCGACGACCAGCCUUCCCCUGUCGGCUCCGGUUUCAUCGAUUUCGAGUUUUGGGACGACGGCUGGGAACUCGACGACCCCAGGCGUAGGGAUUUGGAUCUUUAUAUGCCGCAGCUCCAGAUCUCCGGCAAGCCGGCGUUGUCUCAGAUGCUUAGGAACCGCGCCGAAGAGAAUCGGCCGGUUUCUUGCCUCAUUGGAAACCCCUUUGUUCCUUGGGUCUGUGAUGUGGCUAACGAUUUCGGAAUCCCCUGUUCUAUUCUCUGGGUUCAAUCUUGCUCUGUUUUCUCCAUUUAUUAUCAUUACUCUCGUAAGUCUGUGGAUUUUCCUUCUGAAUCCGAACCCUAUUGUGAUGUUCAAUUGCCAUCCCUCCCACUAUUGAAACACGACGAAAUCCCAAGCUUCUUGCACCCUUACGGCGAGUACAAGGCCAUUGGUCGGUCAAUUUUGCAGCAAUUUAGAAACGUGUCGAUCCCAUUCUGUAUUUUGAUGGACACUUUCGAGGAGCUUGAGAGAGAUGUUAUUAAUGAGAUGUCAACAAUUUGCCCUGUUAAGCCGAUUGGUCCUCUCUUCAAGACUCUGAAGUUUCCCGACGACAACAAAAAGGCGGAUCUCUCCGGCGAUUUCCUGAAAGCGGAUGAUUGCUUCGAGUGGCUUGAUUCGAAGCCACCGAAUUCGGUGGUUUAUAUUUCGUUUGGUAGCAUUGUUCAUUUGAGUCAGAAACAAAUCGAGGAAAUGGCUCAUGGGCUCUGUAAUUCUGGGUUUCCGUUCUUGUGGGUGAUGAAGCCUCUGCCUAAAGACAUGGCGGAUUGUUUAGGAUUGAAACCGCAUGUUCUUCCAGACGGGUUUUUGGAGAAAGCAGGGGAAAGAGCUAAGAUAGUGAAAUGGAGUCCACAGCAGAAGGUUCUGUCUCAUCCUUCCAUUGCUUGCUUUGUUACUCACUGUGGAUGGAACUCGUCAGUGGAGGCUCUGAGCUCCGGCGUGCCGGUGCUGGUGCUGCCGCAGUGGGGAGAUCAGGUUACCAACGCUAAAUUUUUGGUGGAGGAAUUCGGAGUUGGGCUUCGGCUGAGCCGCGGCGAGUCAGAGAAGAGAUUGGUGGUGAGGGAUGAGCUCGAGCAAUGUCUAAGGGACGCCAUUGUUGGACCGAAGGCAAAGGAGCUUAGAGAAAACGCUUUGAAAUGGAAGAAGGCGGCGGAGAAGGCGGCGGCGGACGGUGGCUCAUCAGAGACUAAUAUACAAGAGUUUGUGGACGAGAUCAGGAAGAAGUGGUCUGGUCGGAUCAGUCAAAUCCAUAAUUUAGGGUUACAUAAUGUGGAGAAGGCGUGAAAGUUGAAGAAAAUCGUGAAAACUUUUGGAUUUACAUGGGAUGAGACGUUUGGUGAAAAUGUCAGCAUUGGAAUUUACUUCCAUUUAUUGAUAAGUUGGUAACUUUAUUAAUUUGAAUAAGAUAAAAUUAUUUUACUUAAAUGUAUUCCUCAUUCUAUUUCUAUUAUUGAGUUUAAUAUAUUAGUUGAAUGUCA